UUUCAUUACCUCCUAAGCAUAAAGUGACAUGGCCUUCCUCUCGUGAGCAAUAUGUUCUCCGAUUCAGUCAAGCACCUGGAUUGACGAAAACAGCAGUUUAUUAAAAUACGACCUUUCAGUUCAAGUUUGUCGCUUGGUUAAAUUGAACACAAUGGAGGCCAAAUCCCGCGUUACAGAAGAUUCUAAGUUGCUGGACCCGGAUCUACUUUUGGACCCAAUCAACGACCGCGAGCUCAAAUCCAAUGCCAGUACGUGUUUCAAUUAUGUGAACUCCAUCCUCGGAUCUGGAAUCAUUGGAAUGGCUUAUGCAAUGGAACAGAGUGGGAUCAUUCUUGGCUUGAGCUUGAUCACCGUAGUGGCAGUGGUUGUGGAUUGGUCUCUUCAAGUUCUUCUUGCCGCUGGUUUGAAAAUCAAGGCCUACAGCUAUCAGGAAUUGGUUGAGCAGACCUUGGGAAGACCUGGAUACUGGAUUUUGACCAUAUGUCAAUUUGGAUACCCCAUGAUAGCAAUGGUUUCAUACAAUAUCGUGGCUGGAGACACGAUGACUAGGGUGCUGACAAGCGUCACCGGGUGGCCUUCAAGUUCUCUGCUUCUUCAAAGAGAAGUCAUUAUCACUGCACUCACCAUGUUUUUUACAAUACCUCUGUGCUUUUAUAGAAACAUUGGAAAUUUGAGCAAAGCCAGUGUGAGUUCAAUGAUUUGCAUGGCAUUUAUCCUAAGUGCUAUCUUCAUCCGAUCUUUUACCAUGAGAGACCUAAUGGAUCACCAUGAGAACUCGUGGUCUUUAGUCGACUUUUCUGGUGUGAGCACAACUUAUGGCGUCAUUAUAUUUGCCUUUCUAUGCCAUCACAACUCCUUUAUGAUGUAUUACGACAUGAGGGUACAAAACCAAGACAAUUGGAACAAAGUUACCCAUGUUUCCGUGGGUUUAUCGUGGGCAGCAUGUGUCUUGAUGGGCUUGAUGGGUUAUUACACCUUCAGGUCUUCGACCCAAGGCGAUUUGCUUAACAAUUAUUGUUGGGAUGACCCGUUAAUGAACAUUGUCAAAGUUCUCUUCUGUUUCACUGUCUUAUUUACCUAUCCUAUUGAAUGCUUGGUCACCAGAGAGGUUGUAGUUAAUAUCUUUUUUAAACCUGAGGGCGAUGAACCCGAUUUAGCAAAAUUGGGAAUGCCCAUUUAUGUGGGAUUGACUCUUGGCUUGAAUUUGAUGGGAUUGAUCAUUUCUAUCUCUGCCAAAUGUCUUGUUGUUGUUGUAGGUGCAAAUGGAGUGGUUUUUGGUAUUCCAUUGGCUACAAUUUUACCGGCCAUGUGUUACCUCAAAGUCGCUGAUGGCUCUUGGUAUGAGAAAUACAGGUUGGCCUCCCUGACCAUCCUUAUCCUCGGUUCCAUCGCAUUUGUCUUUGGAUUUGUUGAACUCAUCACUCAGAAUGAGAAUGGCUGCCUGGUCGAUGUGGAAAUGCCGUACUGUCAUUUCAACGGAACAUCAUAGCUUUUGUUCUCGCAACAUGCCUCCUUACUUGCGCAUUUGUGAGAAUGAAUGUUUGCUCCGGCAAUCCAACAGAACACU